AUGGCCAACAUGGGGCAUAUGCCGUGGAAGAUGUUCUGGUUCAAUAAUCCUGUGGCCCGUUACCUGACGCGCACUUUUGGCGGAGAGCGCAUGAAUACCUUCGAAACAUUUCUGGACUGGCUGGAGAAGCGCGUCGACCAAAGGAUGCGCGAAGGUCCAGGUGACCGAAGACCUGACAUGCUGCUGCAGUACUUCAUCAAUGGCAAGACACCUGGCGGGAGUGCUGUAAGCAAGGCGGAAGUCAUGAUCGAAGGCGUCAACAUUCUGGGCGCCGGGGCCGAUCCAACGGCAGUGGCCAUUUUGGCGGUGCUCGGUCAAUUGCUUUUGAACGACGAAGCGCUACAGAAAGUCAGAGCCGAGGUAGACGCCGCUCAUGCUGCUGGGCAGGCAUCUUUCAGGGGAUUGGAGAAGCUGCCGUAUCUCACAGCUGCGAUUCGUGAGAGUAUGUGGCUACAUCCAUCCAUCACCUACCAGCUGCCAAGGAUUUCUCCAGCGGAAGGUGUACAGAUCGCACAGUACCACAUACCUAGCACCGUAUCGUGCGGCAUUAGCCCUGCUGCAAUGAACCUAACUGGCGAGUUGUUUGGCAACGAUGCCGAUAGAUGGGUGCCGGAACGCUGGAUGCCCGCAGACGACAGUGCAGAGGAGGGCAAGCGCCUGCGUGUCAUAGAACAAAAUCUGACCACGUCUGGCAUGGGCAGUCGUAGCUGCGUCGGGCGCAAUCUGGCCAUCGUCGAAGUCUACAAGUAUAUCGCGAGUUUUGUGCUGAAUUUUGAUGCUGAAGUAGUAAACCAGAAGCAACCCUGGACCACCAAGUCUCAAUGGUUCAGCUUUCAGCGGGACUUCUGGGUACGGCUCAGCCUACGGGAGUCGGUGAAGCGAAGUAGUCUCAAGUAG